AUGAAUAUGAAUCCGAGAAGGCCUACAAAGAAGUAUGUGUUUGAGCCAAAGCUUCCUCAGUCGCAAGCAGAGAUGGAAGUGCAAAUCGAAAUGCCUUCAAAAGAUGUGGCAGCGAAUGAAGAGUUCUCGUUUAAGAAGCAGGGAUGGAGCGUUCCCAGCACCAUAGAUGCAGGCACAAGCGAUGGCCACUUUGCAUUUAAAAAGCAACAAGCUGUCCUGCUUUCUAUUCCUGAGGAUAUACAGGUGUCAAAAAUCGUUUUGUAUGAGGAUGGAAGCUGUGGGCUCAAGGUCGGAGGUAGUUUAUACCCACUUCUGAGUAGAUUCGUUGGCGAAUCCAUACUUGUUGAGCAUGAUGAUGCAGCAUACAACAUAGGGAAUGCUAAAUUCCAUCUAAUACCACUAAUAGAAGAUGGUAUAGACACCACGUGA